AUGGAGGGCCAUAUCAAGCGCCCCAUGAAUGCAUUUAUGGUGUGGUCCCGUGGUGAGAGGCGCAAGUUGGCCCAGAAGAAUCCCAGCAUGCAAAAUACAGAGAUCAGCAAGCAGCUGGGAUACAGGUGGAAAAGCCUUACAGAAGCAGAAAAAAGGCCUUUUUUCCAGGAGGCACAGAGACUGAAGACCCUACACAGAGAGAAAUACCCAAACUAUAAAUAUCAGCCUCAUCGUAGGGCUAAAGUGCCACAGAGGAGUGGUACUUUGCAGCCUGCUGCUGCCUCAACAAAACUGUACAGUCUGCUACAGUGGGACAUAAACCCCCACACCAUCACAUACAGACAAGAAUGGGCUAGAGCUGCACACCUGUCCUCCAAGGACCAGCAAAGCAAAGACCAUGUACAGCCUAUGAGCAUCCCCACGGGGCACCCACUGCAGCAGCAGCAGCAACAGCAGCAACAGCAGCAGCAAUACCAGCAGCAACACCAGUUCCACCAGCAGCAGCUAACCUACUUACUGACAGCUGACAUCACUGGUGAGCAUACACCAUAG